GGGUUCGGAAUGGAACAGCGAGGAAUGGGCGAGGGAGGUGUGGAAGAGGGAUGAGUACACCUGGGUCGAACGCGCACGAUUGGUGGGGGAAGUCGUUGUCCUCGGGAGUGUUCGUUCGCGCGAGUCCGUGAGCAAGCAGUCUAGCCAGUGCGACGCGGAACGCGUUCUUGUCGUUGUCGGUGAUUUUUCGAUGUUACGUGUGAGUGAGUGUGCGUGAAUAUAGUGUAUGUGCGCGCAUUGGGUGUCUCGCUCGCUCGUGCGACGUGAUAUCUAUCUGUCGCCUCGUUCCGCGAACGCUGUGCCUCCUGUCAAUCGUUACUGUCAUCGAUGGGUCAUAUCGACAUGUCAAAAACGACUGUUUCUUUGGCUUUGUGACACGUGUGCGUGCAUGUGUGCUUGCGUGCGUGUACAUACGUAACCUAGAUGCCCGGAUGUGUCGCGCAUGGCGGGCAGCAUCAUGCGGCGGUGAGAGUCGAUGACAUUCUUGGGCUCCAUCAUCCUCGGGCGGCGCGCGUCGUCAGGAAGCAGGAUUGCGACGACGACGUCUAGGGCUAGCGACAGGACUUUUAAAGCAACGACGUAUAGCGACUUAGCUUGGUCAGCUGUAGGAAAGCAACUUUAUCUGCGACUGCAGGUGGAGAACGUCAAGGAGGGACGACAACGACGACAAUAACAACAACGACAACGACGACCACGAAGAAGAGGAGUCGAUCCGCCGUUGCAGGUGACGCGAGGUGGAACUCGUUGAAAAAGAGGAGGAAAAAAGGAAGGCUGAAAGCGGUACGAGACAUCGAGAGAGAAGAAGAGGAAAAGGUGGGGAAGACGGCGGUGGUAAUGCUGGAAGUGGAGGUGGAGGAAAGAGACGGGUCGAAAGGUUGAGCGACCUACGAUUUGUGAGGAGUAGAUGGUGAGGAAAAGAUGGCAAAGUGGUAGUACAUAAGAGGACAAGCAGGUAAAGGAGAACGAUCGGAGAAAUACGGAGAAAUGAUCUUGGUAUGUAACUGGCAAAGUACGAUGAUCGACUUCUCGACGAAAAGCAGAUAGCGUCACCAUUAGUUGUUGCCGGGGUAUAGAAUAUCGGGCCCAUGCGCGUUGUCUUAUCUGUGGGUGAGGAGGGGGAGGAAGAAGAAGACGAAGAAGAAGACGAGGAGGAAAAGAAGACGAAGGAGCUAACAGUGAAAGAACAAGAGAAAUACACGAGGUACUACGGGGUCCACGGGCCCGCGAUGCGUCCCGUGGCAACAACGGCAGUGAAAGACAAGAGUCGACGGCCCGCCACAGUGUGUUCGAUUUUCUUUGUGCUGUCGCCAUCGCUGCUGCUACUGUUGUUAUUGUUGUUAUUACCUGUUUGGAUUCCAACAAUCGUCGUCAAUGCAUCGCCCCUUCAUCCUACGCCACUGCAUAAAGGUAUUACACUUGGUUCGUACAUCAAGUAUUACGAAGCGGCCACGUAUGACACAGCGACUUUGAGACGACAUCACAAUCGGGUGCGCCGCGAUGUUACUAACUUUAUCGACGAGCAACCAUUAAUUCUGCAUUUGAAAACGCUCGAGAGCGUUUCUGGUGGUCACAAAUUAAAAAAAAAAACUACUGAUGCGUUUGCGUUGUAAUCAAUUAUGACAGGAGUCGAAGUGACAAUAUAGAAUAUAAAAAACUGUAUUAAUAUAACAUUCAAAUAUUGUUAUCCUCCCAUAGUUUAAAUUACGAAUUUGUGAACUUUGAAGAUUUAAGAAGAUGCUGAAGUCAAUGACGAACACGAAAAAAAAUACCAAUAACACAAAGACGAUCGUCACUAACAAUUACCCUAUCCCUUUUUUAUUUUUUGUAUAUACAGAACUUACAAGUAGAUGCAUGGAACCGUUCCUCUCCCAUUCGGAUAAGCUUGAAAUAUGUUGCAAUGUAGACUAAAAUAAGGGACACGUAUUUUUUAUACGUGCCUAAUUGCAUUUUUAGGGGAUAAAACAUCCCUUUGAAGGAAAAUCGGUAUUUUUUUCGGAGCAUGCACCGUCAAAAGUAUAAAAGAUAAAAAAAAACUCUCAACUAAAAUUAAAUUGUUUGAAGAAUACUUUAUAAUGACGUUUUCAGUUAAGAAAAAAUGUUAAAAUGUUAAGCAUACCCCCACUACUUACCAAUUUUUCUUAUAAUUUAAAAAUUUCAAUUCUGCUAAAUGAAAGGAUUUUUUAUUUCGAAUUCAACCAUGUAUGAUAAAGCCAUUUUCCGACAUAUGGACUUUUUAAAAAAUAGGUGGGAACACGUCUAUAUACUCGUAACGCUAUAUGUAGCCUAUUCCACGCGAUACAUAUACGUAACACGUCCUUCUCGAACUUCUUCAUAAUAAGAGACUGGAAGAUAGUACUGAUAUGGAGAAUGUAUAAAACAUUUCAAUAUAUAACAACAACAAUAAAAUUAAUUAUUUUAUACAUGACAAUAGUCAUAUAUUCCUACACUUUGUUUUUAUGAAAAUAUACAUAUUUUGAAACUGAAAUUUUAUUUAUGAGAACAUUAAGACGUCCUAAAGACGCCUAAAAAAUUUAUAGACGUCCUAUUAAUUUAACAAAAAGAUGCCUUUAAGGCGUCUAACGUCUCGAUUUUGGGCGUUCAAUAGAACGCCAUAUUGGACAACGUCCAAUUCGGAAAACAUCAUGUAAAACAUCCAAGAGACAUCGAAAAGUCAUUUUUUUUCCCGUGUAUUUUAGUACAAAUUUAGAAAAAUUCAGUGCAAAAUUAUUAUUAAUUAAAAUAGAUUGAGGAAAUUAUAAUGAAGUAUUUUGUCUAAAUAAUAAAAAAAAACAUUUAUUCGUGAGAUGCGACGCGAUUUCGAUCCCGUGUGAGGCGUCCACCAUUUUUAGAUGGCCAUGCUGUUUCGAUACUUAACUUCAACGAUCACAUGGAAACUGGUAAUGCCACUACGCUGUAACGAUAACUUGGUGGGUUAUAUUUACAAUACACUCUUAUAUCGUUCAAAAAUGUAAUGACAUAUUUGUUAGUAAAUGUUUCAAAGGACAGUCACAAUGCGAUUAAUAUAAUUAUAAAAAAAAUCUAGCCAUAAUUUUACGCUGUUAAAAUAUUGCGAGAGAUAAAAAAGAAAUAUUCUCUCUCUUUUGCGAGCAGGUUGUAGAUUAAACUUUGAUUAUUUAUACAAUAUAUCAAUAUAUAUAUGAAUAUUCCAAAAACAUUUAGAAGAGAUAAUUUUGAAAUAUAUGUUUACACACACACACAGAAACAUACACACAUACACACAGAAAGUCUCAAAAGCAUCGUAAAUACGUCUUUUUCAUAAAGAAUCAAUAACGUCUUAAAAAGGACAUUUUAAAGAUGUCUUUAAGACUUUACUGAAAGAUAUCUUUAUGACAUCUUUUAAUAAAAUCUUAAAGAUGUCUUUCUUAAGACGUCUUCAAGACGUCUUUAGACAUAACACAUAUGUAUUGUUUAGGAAGUUUGUGUAUGUCUAUUCUUGUAGUGCGUAGGGUUGGUGCUCCAUUUGUGGCUACUUCAAGGAAUCUUUUGAAUUAUUUAGUUUAUGAUUCAUAUUCGUGUUACGUAAGUGGCAAUAUUUUGUUUUUACAGCAUUUCUGUUGGUCACGCUGCGCGCUAACGAAUGUAGAAUUUUCUUUCUUCUUUACUUGAAUAUUUAUAACCGAAGGUAUACGAACUGCUGCAUUUUCUUGUGAGAAACGUUAAGGAUACGAAGUGAGAUAAACGUUAGAAUUAUUGUAUAAAAGACAUUAUUGUGAAUGUUUCUAUAAUCGGCUUACGGAAAGUCUAAAAGUUAAUCUCAAUAUGCAUAACCACGCAUUUAAUUCCUAUUAAGCAAAAAAUAAUAAGUGUCGAAAACUAGAUCAUGUAUUAAUAUAAUAUGUAUUCUAUUUUUGAUCAUAGGAUGGCCAAAACUGGUUGUUGCGUUGUUCCAGUUGUGGCCAACAAAAAUAACGAAUGUGUUUUGUGUAAAAUUAUACAGGACAACCGUUAAUUUUGAUGAAAGUUUCAAACACAGAUUUACUCAACGCAACUUUCAGGGUUUAUAUCUUAAGGUCCUAGAAACAUUAUGACGAAGGAAUUUUUAUUGAUAAUCUUUGGGAAAGUACACAAAAUGGUGGAAAACCAAUUUCGGCAGUGACCUUAGCAAAUAUCGAAAAAUACGCAUUUUCGAAAAAAAUGUUUCAUGCAAAUAUUAUAAAGUUUUAUGUGACGCAUUACAUAGUAGUAGUAGUGUGACCUUGAAUAGCGUUAUCAAGGUAACGUGGAAAUCACCUUCAAUUUCUUAAACUUAAACUCCUAUUUUUUAAUGCAUAUUCUUGUAGUUUAUCUUAAGAGCUUUGCAAAAUAAUAUAAGAUAUUUUUUU